CCAUUUGCAGUGCUUUGUCUUCACUGGCUGCCGGCUGGCGUCACUCAAGGGGCACUACUGCUCCUACAGUAAAUAUUUGUGUUUUCUCAACCGGUUGUGAUGGUGAACGACUGAAACUGAAAAGAGAGGAAUAAAACCACGAAUAUCGAAGUUUAGACACAAUACUACGAGACGCGAGUAGGAAUAAAGCUUCAGCGCAAAAUGGAUGAGCUCAAACACCAAGUAAUGAUAAACCAGUUCGUCUUGACAGCGGGUUGUGCUGCAGAUCAGGCAAAGCAGCUUUUGCAAGCAGCACAUUGGCAAUUUGAGACUGCCCUCAGUGCCUUUUUUCAAGAAACGAAUAUUCCAUACGGUCACCAUCAUCAAAUGAUGUGCACCCCAGCUAACACACCGGCCACCCCACCCAACUUCCCUGACGCCCUCACCAUGUUCUCCCGGCUGAAGGCCUCAGAGAGCUUCACCACCAGCAGCCCCAUGGCCUCCAUGGCCACCUCUCCCCCUCCUCCACACGAUUGCUGGGGCGUGCCACCGCCCCCCAUGCCCAUGAGCGGCCCACAGGGUCAGGGACUCUGGAUUCAGAGGGAGCCACCCUCCCACCCCGCAGCCUGGCCCACGGGGGUCACCAUUAACCCCCACACCCACCAACACCCGGCCACCGAACAGAAGGCGAGUGUGGCCAUGGAGGCCGAGAGAUGAGGGGCCAGGACUGGACGGCCCUGGGGGGAGGAAGGGAGAGGAAGGGAUGGGUGAGGAGGAAAGGAAAGGUGAAGGUGUCUCUUUCCAAUUGAGGAUGGGAGGGUGGAGACAAAGACAGCUACGUAAACCAAGAAAAACCAAGCAACUACAUAAUGUGGACAUUUCAACAAGAGGUGGAGAAAAUGAUUCAAAUAAGGAAUCAAAAGGAAAACAUUUUAAUGGAAAAAGCAGUGCACACACUUAGCAAUAAGAGAGCAACUGAAAUCUUUGUUAGUUUGUUUUUCUUCUCUCUCAGUAAAUGUAUAGAUAAGACAAAGAAAUGUAUGGCACUAAAGGUAAUCACCAUCAUGCUGAUGUUUUCUGACAUUUAAAAGGCAGCAACUGUUCUCUUGUUCUUCUUCUUUUCUUUUUGUCUGUCCAUCCAGUGUUUUCCCUCUACUGGGGACCUGUGAUAAGAUGUGUUUGUGUUGCAUGGAGAGAGAGAAUCUGUCCAUCCAGUGUUUUCCCUCUACUGGGGACCUGUGAUAAGAUGUGUUUGUGUUGCAUGGAGAGAGAGAAUCUGUCCAUCCAGUGUUUUCCCUCUACUGGGGACCUGUGAUAAGAUGUGUUUGUGUUGCAUGGAGAGAGAGUAUCUGUCCAUCCAGUGUUUUCCCUCUACUGGGGACCUGUGAUAAGAUGUGUUUGUGUUGCAUGGAGAGAGAGUAUCUGUCCAUCCAGUGUUUUCCCUCUACUGGGGACCUGUGAUAAGAAGUGUUUGUGUUGCAUGGAGAGAGAGAAUCUGGCAGUGUAAUGUUUUACUCUAGUAUUCUCAACAUGUGUCUGUGUGCAGUGUAACUGUCACGCACACUUACACACUCAACUAGCGAGCAGAAGAAACAGUGACAUAGUUUUCAUUACCCAUCGGAAGGUGGAACUCUUCUUACCUCACCUGGUGGUCACCUGACUUUUUUCAGCCUAUCAGGGAUUCUCAACUGUUUGACAAUGCAGAACAUUUUUUUUAAACUGAUUGUAAUUUUUCAACUCUGGUAUUUUGUCAUGACGAUGACACUGUUCACUGCUAUAGCUUUUCUUUCCAACGAAGGGUGAUGCUUUACUAUUAACCUGUUCUGGAAGAUAGAACUGGCCACUGCAAUGGUUUUGCAGAUUUGGGUAUUAUAUAAAAAUCAUGGUUUGAUAUAUUAAAGUUCAUGUUUUUCUUGGUGGGAGGGAUGGGUGGGGUUUUGGAGGAUUCGAGAGUGGGCGGGAGUUGUUUAUGUUGUGUUUGGGAAGAGCCAAUCGGAGAAGCUAAAAAUAAAUCUACAGAAAAAACAGACUACUAUAAAUACAUUGACCAUUUGUAAAGCAGAUCUUGACACUUUGCAUGAGGGAUACUGUCUUGUAGCAAACACUUGAAACCGAGACGUGUUUCUGGCUGUUGGCGCAGGGGAUACUACAUGGUUUAUCCCUCUGAUUUAUCAUUUGUAUAGCAGCAUAACAUACAACUGGUUAUGAUCACACGUGUACUGUGAUCCUGCCUACAGCAGAUUAUGUAAAGCAUUGAUUAAGACAUUAUUCACAUGCAGGGUCAGCCCCGUUCAGUUUUGUUGUCCUUGGGUUAUUUCAAUUGAAUAAAGAAUAUAAAAUAAACCCAGCUAGAAAUCUUUGUUUAUGUAAGUUCUUUUUUUAGGCAGAACAUUUUCAGGAAAAUAUAAUUAUAAUUCUGAGUAAACCAUCUUUAAUUUUACUAAAAUAAUGUUUCAGUUCAUCCCUUUUCCAUCAUUUUUGUUUGAAUCUGGGAAUCUUGGGAUGGCCUAUACCUGAUUGGUUUCUCAGUGUAUGUUUCCCCCUGUGUGACUGUAUUACCAUUCCCACAAUAUUUGUGGACUACCUGAUAAUUAACUUAGCAUUUUUUGUGUUCCUAAAUAAAUAAUGUAUGUCAACCUA